CUUAUUAGGCUUCGAUGCUAUCUGCCAUGUGAUUCUUUUUCUUUUUCUUUCAGAUGGGGCAUCCUCUUCUCUCAUCCAAGGGAUUUCACUCCAGUGUGUACUACAGAACUUGGUCGAGCAGCAAAAUUAGCACCAGAAUUUGCCAAGCGAAAUGUUAAAUUAAUAGCCCUCUCUAUUGAUGACGUCAAUGACCAUCGCGCUUGGUGCAAGGUAUUGUGGGGAAAAAACAAUGACAAAAAGAAAGAGGUUCAGGUCCCGACCAAAUUGGCUUGCGACCAAAGUUAUGGAAUGAAUUAUGGUGGUGACCAGAGAUUACAGAGGGUCAAGGCUACCCAGAUAAGAAUGAUUAGUAAAAUUAUUACUAAUUUACUUUUCUUUUCUUUUCCUUUUGAGCCUGGAGACAAGGUCAUGGUUGUUCCAAGCUUAUCGGAUGAAGAAGCCAAAAAGCUGUUUCCAGGAGAGAUUUGCACUAAGCAACUUCCAUCGGGCAAGAAUUAUCUUCGUUAUACCACUCCAUAGUAAUUGUGAAGAGAAAUCAUGGGAACAGAAUGCUAUCACUGGGAUUUUGCAGAACUGGUUGCUUUAAAUGUGUGGAAAUAUACUUUAAGAGGCUGUGGCAAAAUGGAAGCAAUGUAUGUACUAAUUUCUUUUAAACCAGUGACUGGUGUGGUUUACAGCUUCAGCUAAUCAGUUUAGGCUUGUUUUGUUCAAAUGAAAUCAGUUUUCCUCACCUUCUUCUUGGAAUUGAAUUUACCACUUUUAAAACAGUACACAUUUUUCUUUAAUGUAUUUUCUAUUCUCCAGCCACAUAAAAUAUGAUUCAUGAUCAGCGGAUUAAUAUCUUUUAAUUAAUGGGAAUCAAUUUCUGUCAUGUGUAAAACAUCUUGCAUUAUGUUUCCAAGAUUAUCAGAAUAUCAGGUUCUUGGAUUCAGUUUACAAAAUAAAUUGAAUAAACUAUUACUUGUAUUUGGGACUUCCAUUUUAAUCCACUGUAUUAAGAGCCUAAUUCAGAAAACCAUACAUUAAUAUUGUGGAUGAUUAAAGCAGAGGUAUGGAAUAGAUUUAACAAAGAUGACAUCUUUUAUUUAGCUGGUUCAGAAAAUAAAUCAAGUUAACAUA